AUUUGACAUACCCACUUCAAUCACCGACUCAUCUCAUGGAUAUUACCCCUUGAUUGAAUUUGGUUAUUCUUACCUUCUUACUCUUAAUUUUAGAUUUGUUAAUGAGUCUUCAAUCUAUUUAAUUUUAGAUUUAUUUUAUGUAGCUAGCCACACAGAAUUCACGUCACAAUUAAAUUUAUUUUUCAUUGCAAAAAAAAAAAAAAAAAAAAAAAAACUCUUUAAUCCAUCCCAACAAUUCCAAAGCAAAAGUGAGAAACCUAAAAAUCCUGAAAACACAUCAAAACAAGCAUGGAACCCAUACCAAACCCAGAACAAGAAGCUGCUGCAACAAUCUCAUCAAUGGCGUCCCACCAAAACUCCAUCAACACUUUCAUGGAGAUCACCUCCUCCACUCUCGAAGAAGCCCAAUUCUUCCUCGAAAGCCACAACUUCGACGUCGACGCCGCCGUCUCCACCUUCUUCGAGUCCUCCUCCGCCCCUCCUCCCGCCGCCACAACCGCCGCCGACGACGACGCUGGUGCUGCUGAUGCUGAUUUCAUCCCUCCUUCUUCUCCCUCUGCUUCUCUCUCUCCUUCUCCUUCUCGCUCUCGCUCGCAUUUUCCUCCCGCCGGAGCCCGAUCGCAGUACAGUCUCCGAUCUCGGAGAACUGCCGAUAACAACGAUGGUAACAAUGCAAGCUCUGAUUCCAGGACUCGUCGUCGUGUUGGAGGUGUUCGUACUUUUGCUGAUCUCAGUGCUGCUGGUUCUGAUAGUGAUUCUGAUGGUGAUCGUCCUGCUCAGUUCUUCACUGGUGGUCAGAAAAGUGGCAUGGUCGUGCAAGAUCCUUCCAAGGAUAUUAAUGCUGAAGCAAUUUUUGAGCAAGCUAGACGUGUGGGAAGUAUCGAGGCACCAGUUGAUGCUCAACAACCAUCUUCAAGCUCAAGAAGCUUUACUGGAACAGCUAGGUUACUCUCAGGAGAGACGCUGUCAUCUUCUCCUUCCGAGCAGGCUCCUGAAACUAUCACUCAUACUAUCACCUUAUGGCGUAAUGGUUUCACAGUUGAUGAUGGGCCUUUGAGGAGAUUUGAUGACGUAGAAAAUGCUCCAUUUUUGCAGAGCAUCACAAAUUCUGAGUGCCCGAAAGAACUAGAGCCAGCAGACAGGAAGACUGCAGUCCAUUGUAAUCUUGUGAGGAGGAAUGAGAACUGCCCUGAACCACAAAAACGAAAAGUUCCAUUCCAGGGCGUUGGAAGAACGUUGGGUACUAGCCACUCGACCCCUUCUGACUCUUCUGCUGCUGUAACUGCUCGCAGCUCUGCUCCAGCCCCUGUGAUGGGCCUAGUCGUGGAUGAUAAACUACCAUCAACCUCUAUCCAGCUUAGGUUAGCUGAUGGGACUCGUAUGGUCUCACGUUUCAAUUAUCAUCACACUAUAAGAGAUAUCCAUGCCUUCAUUGAUGCAUCAAGGCCAGCUAGAACAGGAGUUUAUACGCUGCAGAUGAUGGGAUUUCCUCCCAGGCAACUAACUGAUCUUGAGCAGACUAUAGAGCAGGCUGGUCUUGCCAACUCUGUUGUCAUCCAGAAAUUCUAGCCGAACUUUGUUUCCUUGGCUUCUUUGUCUGCUGCUACAUUGGCUAAGAGGCCAGAAGUCUACUCGUUUAGCAAAAAUUAACAAAUGAUUGCUAGAAAGUUUAGUGGCUGUAAAUUUCAUGGAGCACAUUGCAUCAUAGUUUUCA